AUGCGCGUGGUGAAGCAAGAGUGCAAUGGGGUUGUUGCCGACGAGGAAAAGACCCUCAAGCCGAGAAAGAGAGCCCUCGUUGCCUGUAAUAGAUGCCGCAAGAGAAAGAUCAAGUGCAACGGUGAUCUCAACAAUGGCCUUGCCUGCUCAAGUUGCCUAUCCGUGGGAGCUAACGAGUGCCACUAUUCAAGGGUUAAUUCACUAUCACCCGAGGAGGCUGCCAGGUGUAUUGGAUCCAGCACUGUGAGAUCAACACUUCGAUCCAUGGGCUCACCUCAAGCGCGGACUCCAUACCAGAGAGAAGAAUACGGCAUGGAACAUUCCACCUUCUCACGGCAGUCCGUGGGCAUAGAUCCUCUCAUGAGCUACGAGGAGCCAUCAGUCAACUACCAGCCGAGCUACAUCCUGCCCAGCAAUGUCGACUACACCUGGGCCAACCGCUGGGAUCCAGCCUGCAGACCUUCUGGCGAGUUAUUUGACGACAGCAUCAACCAAUACAACUUUGUUGUCCCAGGCCAAGUCCCCUCAACUCUUCCCUCAACCAUGCCCGAACAAACCCCCACAACCUUCCCGGAAGUAGACCGCACUCUCCCCACACCACGCAGCCAGCCAGAAGGCUCAGACCAGAAAGCCUUCUACGGCCGUGAAAGACUGCCAACUGCCUACAACUCUCGCGUCAAACCCGACGACGCAGAAAUGGUCUUCGGCUAUAUCCCCAUGUCCACAGCGGACGACACAGUGCCCCUCCCCGCAACCGUGCCUUCAAACUACGAUCCUGAGUUGGAGUUCACCGCAGUCCGUCUGGCACGCUCAUACUCUCGCGAUGCAGGUCAGCGUCUGCUACCACUCGACGCAUACGGGUACAGCAGUGGACGGAAGACCGAACGCGCACCCACCCUCAUGAAUGGUCUCCCGUAUACCCGUGCUCGACCUUCAGAUUCUAUGCAAUACAGUUUCCUCCCUGACACCAUGCCAGAAUAUGGAAGGGAGAUCCACCGAUCUGCCAUCUCACCACUGGCGCAUCACGGUUACUGA